UAGCGAACAAUAUUGUAUCUGCGCGCAACUCGCUUCCUGAUGCAGGUUCGCAACCUCGGUUCAGAGAUCUACCAGCAUCUGGGUUACCACUGCAGUCAGAUAACUGACCAUUUAUUACUUUGGUUAUUAUUGCGAUUCUUAAUCGCCGCGAAAUAUUUCAUUGUCAUGGAACGCUGGAGCUGUGUGUAUUAGAACUGCAAAUAUUUCAAAGUAGCGUUAGCUACAUUCAUCCAAUUAAUGACACCCCUCCUCUUGCAGUAGAAUAAGGAGACGCGACAACUUCUUCAUUCAGCGUCCACAAACUAGCAGGAUACUACUACUUGUGCGAUCAAGCUUCCAUCACAGUUUGAACUUACUGUCCUUCUUGUGUGCUAUCUGAGAUUCAUCACUGGGAGGAUCCCUCGGGCCCGAGGAGAGUUUUUCACGUUCAGAGCCCGGCGCCAGUGUUCCACGGCACAGGUUUGUGUCUUCUACCCCAUGCUCAACACAGUCUGCUAUGUCUCUCCUGAAUGUUGAUGCAACAUAAUAUAGUAGCAAACAAUACAACCAGCUUUUAAAUGGAUGACACUGCCAGUUGAGAUGAGCAGGGGAAGAAGCAUGUGAAGAUGUCCUUUAAUACAGCAAAAACAUGGUGCAUUAGACUGAUACCUGUGGUGCUGUUCUUUGUCUCUUACUACUUCUCCCAGUUCUUCCUGCAAAGCUAUGGCGGGACCACGAAGAUUCCUGUUCCAAGCAAAAACCUGUGUGGCAGCUGGCUUGUGUCCAGAAGAUGGGAGAGUCUGAACUUCAACAUCACCAGAAAGACCAGACUCUUCUUAACGCUGGGAGAUUUCUUCUGGCAGCAACACAAGUCUGCUCUACCUUUACCCUAUGGUAUCAAAGGCAGUGAGUCGUUCCUCCUGAAGGUGUUGGCAAUCACCUCAAAUUACGAUAUGCCGGCAAGCAUCGAAAACCUGGACUGCAGAACCUGCGUUGUCAUCGGCAACGGGUUCUCCAUCAAGAACAGCUCCCUGGGGGCCGCUAUCAACAAGUAUGAUGUGGUUAUCAGAUUGAAUGAUGCCCCGGUGAGGGGGUACGAGGAUGAUGUUGGGAACAGAACUACAAUGCGACUCUUCUACCCCGAGUCGGCCUCCUACAACCCCAGCAUCCACAACGACCCCGACACCAUCCUGGUCCUGGUGCCUUUCAAGCAGAAUGACCUGCGCUGGCUCAAGGAGAUCCUGUACGAUGAGAAGAGGGUACGGAAAGGCUUCUGGAAGCCCCCCCCUCAGAUCUGGCUCGGGAGCGGCAGCCAGAUCCGGAUCCUGGACCCCUACUUCCUGCAGCACACGGCUGGAACUCUGCUGCACAUCCCGCUGCAGCCCAAGAAGAAUCAGCGAACUUUUCACCCCACCACUGGGAUUCUGGCGGUUUUUGUGGCGCUGAACUACUGUGACGUGGUGCACAUCGCGGGAUUCGGCUACCCUGAGGUCCGGAACCAGAAUCAGCCCAUCCACUACUACGGACGCGACACCAUGAAGUCCAUGAAGGAUUCCAACCAUGACCUCACACAUGAAGCCCAGGCUCUGAAGAGGCUAGAAGAUUCUGGGGUUAUCUUGUACCUACACCCACACUCGUGACAUCUCGUACCUACACCCACACUCAUGACAUCAUCUCAUACCUACACUCGCACUCGUGACAUCAUCUCGUACCUACACCCACACUCAUGACAUCAUCUCAUACCUACACUCGCACUCGUGACAUCAUCUCGUACCUACACCCACACUCAUGACAUCAUCUCAUACCUACACUCGCACACGACAUCAUCUCGUACCUACAACCACACUCAUGACAUCAUCUCAUACCUACACUCACACACGAUAUCAUCUCAUACCUACACUCCAUCCGCACUCAUGACAUCAUCUCGUACCUACACCCACACUCAUGACAUCAUCAUGUACCCUACAUCCCUGCUCAUGACAUCAUUUUGUACCUCCAUCCACAUUCAGCACAGUCUGCCCCCACACCUUCCUGUGAUACUGUGCAUACACACACACACACACACACACACACUCACACACUCUGAGCCGUGCUGCUUCACCUUUCUCUUUUUUAGAGAUGAAGAUAUUGUAAAUUAGCAAAUUAUUUCAAAUUUUGUCUCUGAGAACUUAUUUUUUACUAAUUAUAAUUUAAUUUUUAAAUAAGUAUUUCUUUGAAUUGUUUCCACUGGAUAUGUUAAUUAUUUUUUAUGGAUGGGAGUUUUAUUAAAAUGAAAGAUUUGUUAUGAAUGUAAAUAAUUUCUGCUGAUUGUCUUUGCCUUAUUUGAAUUUCAAUUUUAUACAUUAUUAAUACAGUUUAUUGGAUCAUUUUUUUCACAGUUUUUAUAUACUCUGCGCAGUUCAGGGCUGUAAGGCAGUUUGGUCAUUGCGUCGUCUCACUGCUGUACAGGGAACUAAACCACCAGUUUCCUUUGCUCCCACCUGCAGGGAAUGAAAGGUAUUUUAACAUAGUGUUGAUCCCGUCAGGGUAGAAAAGGUUUCGUCAGUGGGUUUCUUGAAAUUUGACAUCUGGCAGACGGGAAGAGAUACAGCUAAAAAGAUUUUUACGUGCUGUAACCUUCCCGGUUUUCUGAUUGGUUAUUGAGAUCAGAAUGCUGGUGUAGGGCAAAUUGAAUUCACCAAUCCCCUAUGUCACAAAUUGAAAUGCACUAUCUCUGGAAUCUAGCACUGGUUAAUGUUUGUGAUGCACAUUGCUAAUUGAAUGUUAAAUAAAAUGCAAGUCACAAGUC